UGCCUCAUUCACUUUUGCCAUUAGAUACUUAAGUUGGUGUCUGAACCUCUGUUUUCGCGUGAAUGGGAAUUUUUGAACCUUUUCGUGCUAUUGGGUAUAUUACAACCAGUGUUCCCUUCUCCGUGCAGAGAUUGGGAACUGAAACUUUUGUCACUGUCAGCGUUGGAAAAGCUUGGCAGGUUUACGAUUGUGCUAAGCUGUCGUUGGUGCUUGUUGGUCCUCAAUUGCCAAAGAAGAUCCGAGCUCUUGCAUCCUAUCGGGACUACACAUUUGCUGCAUAUGGGAAUAACAUAGGUGUUUUCAAACGUGCUCACCAGGUAGCAACAUGGACCAGGCAUAACGAUAACGUCAAUUGGUUGCUCUUAUUUGGAGAACAUGUCCUAAGUGUUGAUGCUAAGGGUAAUCUGUUUAUAUGGCCUUUUAAAGGGCUCGAUGAGAAUCUUGCUCCAAUUGGACACAUUCUCCUAGAAGACAAAUUCAACCCUAGCUGCAUAAUGCAUCCUGACACUUACUUAAACAAGGUUAUAAUUGGGAGUCAGGAAGGUUCACUGCAGCUUUGGAAUAUCAGCACAAAGAAGAAAAUUUUUGAGUUCAAAGGCUGGAAUUCAUCUAUAUGUUGCUGUGUUUCCUCACCUGCACUAGAUGUAGCUGCAGUUGGCUGUGCUGAUGGGAAAAUUCAUGUUCACAAUAUUCGGUAUGAUGAAGAAAUAGUUACAUUUAGCCAUUCUGCACGAGGUGCCGUGACUGCGUUGUCAUUUAGGACAGAUGGACAGCCUCUUCUAGCAUCUGGAGAUUCAUCGGGUGUCAUAAGCAUAUGGGAUCUUGAGAAGAGAAAGCUCCAAUCAGUCAUUGGAGAGGCCCAUGACAAUUCAAUAAUAUCGCUACACUUUUUCACUAAUGAGCCUGUGCUUAUGAGUUCUUCUGCUGAUAAUUCCAUAAAGAUGUGGAUAUUUGACUCGAGUGAUGGGGAUCCUCGCCUUCUACGCUUCCGAAGUGGCCACAGUGCUCCUCCACUUUGCAUUAGGUGA